GGCAGAUGUGUUAGUACGCAAUGCGGAAGCCCGACUGGAAGAGCAAGAGCAGGAUCACGGCAGAUUAGGGGACGAAGAACAAGAGGACGAAGAGAUUGCGGAGCGAGAUAUCGAAUAUGGCGAAUUCGAAAGCCCGCAAGCAAAAGACGAAGCAUGGGCGGAGGAAGAGGGUGUGAUACCGGACCAGCCUGAUCUUGAAGACGAAGAGACUGCUGAGCUCGCGGAAGACCAAGACUUUGCACAGCUCAGCAGAGAGCAAGAUGAGGGCUCGAGAGAUGUGGCUUCUUCAGAUGUUGGACCUUCGACGCCUGUUGGGCAGCGAAGUCCGCUUCCAAGCCAGCUGGAUUCUGGAUCCAUACCCGAUGAUACACCUUCACGGCCAGGAUCCUUGAUAUCCUCGCCAGGUCGAGGUUCUUCACCACUACCUCGCAGGCCUGUGUCAAGAACGCCAUCAGGCGCCUUGCAGCCUUUUGAACGCCGGUUUGAGACGAAACUGUCGGCAUCACCUGGAUCACCUCGACCGCAGUCUCCAGCUUUCUUGAGUCCACACUCUCGCCAGGUCUCGAUAUCUUCGCACCUGUCAGGCAUUUCCUCUGAUGCCGGUGACUCGGCCACUGAUACUCCACAGGCUCCCUGGGAGGUGAUUAGAUGGACGAAGCUUCGAAAGAUUACCGGUCAGGCUUUCUCCGAAAGUGGCAAGCGGAGUUUUGGUCGACCUACCUGCAUGGCCGUAUCUGCGUUGAUAGCGAUAGGAACCUCCAAAGGCCUCGUUCUGGGCUUCGACUACCAUCAAACUUUGAAGAUCAUCAUCGGCCCUGGGACGAAAGCAACGGAAUGUGGAUCCGUCACCUCGCUGGCAAUUGCUGCAGACUAUUCGACAAUCGCCAGUGGGCACGCCAACGGCACUAUCUUCACCUGGGAGAUCAGUCGACCGGCGAGACCAUUUCUUACCAUAUCGCCUAUGGAUCGCAGUGUGCUGCAAGAAUCAAAUCAUCCAGACGGCCAUCUUGCGAACGCUGCCAUCCUUCACGUAGGCUUUCUUGGCACUAGACAUACUGCCUUAGUAUCCGCAGAUGCUGGCGGUAUGGCCUUCUCUCAUCUUGCUACCCGUGGCCUCGGUCCUGUCACGAGGACCAUUAAGACUACUCGCCUUUUGGGUCGCUACCCACCAGCAGAUCCACAAGCGGAAAGGAGUCGGAAGCCAAGCUCAGUGCUUGCCUUUUCGCCACUUCCAUUGGGGAAUGUGGAGCAGGGCACAGACGGGAUGGGCCUCACAGCUCUGCUCACUCCAUAUCUGCUAGUCAUUGUCUCCACCACCCCGAUUGCUCAAACGCAACACAAGUCGGCUCGACCGAAAGAGAUUACUCCCCAUAGCACACUCAGUGGCUGCUUGGCCUGGUUUCCUGCUGUGAAGCUCAAGAAUUCAAGUGCAGAUGCAGGGAAGGGCAAUUCUGAUACCAAGCUGGUCUACUGCUGGUCUAAUGUGCUGACAGUCCUUGAUGUCAAGGUCAUCCCGGAUUCUGCAGCGGACGCACAAAAGCCACCAUCACUGGAGUUUCAUGCUCGAAGCCGAUGGCGAGCAGACGAGACCAUCGUAGCAGUACAGUGGAUUGGCAGAUCUGUCCUUGGUGUUCUCACGAUCAGCCAGAGGCUUCUAAUUGUCGAAGACGGCUCUUUGCAGGUCACAGAUUCCAUCGACCUACUUCAUCGCCACAUAUAUCAUCAAGACCUGUUCUCUCGACAACUUCAUGCUGUCGUUGAGCAACUCGACUCCGACGAUCCGUCGCUGCACGGCGUCGUUGCAGACGCGUUUCACAUGAGCUUCAAGGUCUACAAGGGUCGAACCUUUCUCUUAGGAUACAAUGACCUGAGUGUUGGGACUCUAUCGAACUGGGCAGAUAGACUAAUUGCCCUAAUGGAGGCUGGCGACCAGAUUGCUGCCAUCCGACUGGCAAUUGAGUACUACGCCGGCAGCGCGAACAAUGUGACAAUCGGUCUGCCUGAUGCAGACGAUGCGCGACAUUCGACAGUCCGAGAUCGAUUGAUGGCUAUGAUAUCUGCCUCCUUGAACUAUACCUUCGCCCAGCAAGAUGAGCAACGGGAACAGCGUUUGCAAGAAUUGGCAGGCGUCUGCUUCGAGGCUUGCAUCGUGAUGAAGGAGUUCGACUACCUUUUCGCUGAUGUCUUUGAGGCUUUCCAGGAGUCUGAAGAAGAGUCUGUCUUCGUGGCCACUCUCGAGCCAUACGUGCUUGGCGGAGAAGUCAAGGCGCUACCGCCAGAUGUCGUCAAGGCUGUGGUUACACAUUUCAUCGAUGAGAACCAGGCAGUGCAGCUCGAGGAACUUCUUUGCAGGCUCGAGCCUCACUCUUUCGAUCUGGAUGAAAUCACAACUCUGUGUCGUCAGCAUAACUUGUACGAUGCAUUGAUCUACGUGUGGACGCAGGCUUUGCGUGAUUACGUGACACCCAUGAUUGACCUUCUUCAACUUGUGAAACUGCUGCAGAGCGGUGCUUUCGAGGACGAAGACCUGACCGACAAUCCUUUCUACGAGUCUGCUGUGAAGGUCUUUCCAUAUCUAGCAUACUCUCUGACGGGCCGAAGAUAUCCAGGCGGAUUAUUCAUUGAGGACGAUGACGCGUAUCACGCAAAGACAGCCCUUUAUGGCUACCUGUUUUCGGGUACCCCAGUCGCCUGGCCUGGCGGCAGUAACAAGGUCUUCAAGACCGCGACCAAAGCAGAAGAUGAGCCGGCGUUCCCCUAUCUCGACUUACUGCUUCACUUCGACGCUGCAAGCUUCAUGAGCAUGCUUAACGAAGCUUUCGAAGAUUCAUUCCUCAAUGAAGCCGAAGAAGAAAACGGCGUCAACGGCACAUCUCUGAUCAAUGGUCUUGCUGGGAAGAAGAAAAGCAGGCAGCAAAUUAUCGAGAUCAUGCUGGACGUCAUGAGACAGGGCGACUUUGAACCCGAGGAGGUUGUAUAUCUUGACAUUUUCGUGUCAAGAAGCCUGCCCAAGUAUCCCGGCCAGCUUAUACUGACAGGCACACUCCUGAACAAUGUGCUGCAGAGAUUGUGUCGACCACCCCUUGAAAUGCUGCGAGAAGACUGCCAGCUCAGCGUUGAAUAUCUUCUCUCGGCGUAUCAUCCCUCGAAUACCAUGGACCUGAUUGAUGCACUAAAGACAGCAAAAUUUUUCAGAGUGCUGAAGUCUGUGUAUCGCGGAGAGAAGCUGUUCCCAGACUUGCUUCAGCUAUACUUUGAAGAUCCAGAUGAUAAGCAAGACGUCUUUGAUUGCAUCACAUUUUGCUUGCGCCAAAGCACGAGUCUCAACCAGAAGCAAGUCAAGGAGGUCAAGGCGGUCAUUUCUGAGCAUAUACAGGAUUUGGUUGAUAUCGACACGGUCCUCACAUCGAGGACUCUAGCCACGGCAUGCAUAGACUUGCUACAACCGAGCAUAGAGAAAAUCACGGACUCCCAUCAGCUGUUCGUUUACCUCAGAGCACUUCUUGAGCCGGCUUUGCUACGAGAUCGCAAGCUGAGUACGUCUCCGCUGUCGAGCGAGCAGCAACCGGCAUUCGUGGAGCAGUAUGUGCAGCUCAUGUGUAGGCACGAUCCUACGCAUGUUGCCGACUACAUCAAAGUCUUGCCAUCAAAUGACUUACGUCUAGAGAAGGUUCUGCCUGCAAUGGAAGAGAGUGGAGUGAUCGAUGCUGCUGUUGCACUUCUCGCAAGAGAUGGACUGGCUAGAGAAGCCAUGGACAGGCUCGUCCUUCACAUGCAGAGCCUGCAGCGUGCUCUCACUGGACUGAUUGAGGCUGCCGCGUCUGAUUCCAAUGUCACAGCUUCUCAGCAGACUUCAGAUGAUCUUGUGGAAGACUUGGAAAAAUACAGCAAAGUCGGCUUGUGGCUGUGUCACGGCCAGACUGCUACAGCGGAGAGGAAGCCCCGCCCACGCACCAAUCUCGCCUGGGACAUCAACGAGGACGACUUGGACCUGGAUGAAUACCUGUGGCUAAACCUUGUUGACGUGAUCGUACAAGUGACUCAAAGCGUCGGAAUGGCCCUACAGCAUUACCAGAGAUAUCCCAUUGCGCACGACGAAGACACUUUCGAUACAGACAAAUUGGCGGCUGCUCUGCGAGCGAAUGUCCAGCAGACAUUCACAGCACUCCUCGCAUCCACAGCGACGCCCAAUCUCCGAGCGGAGCAAGACGAUGCGCCACAACCUAGGCAAGAAGCUGAUCAUAUGAGCUUCCUGCGCAUCCUACGAGCAUUCCUCACACGUGCAGCGAAGACAGCACCCUCUUUGGGAGACCUUCGUGCUGUGCUGCAAGAUAUCUUCUCUGCCUACACUUUUGAGCAAGGUGUCUUGUCCCUCGCCAACGAGCUUCUCAACGCAGACACCUUCACAGAUGUCCGUGGAGCCAACGAACUUCGACAACGCGGAUGGCGCCCACGUUCACAGGUAUGCGAGCGCUGCAAGCGUCGAGCCUGGGGUACGGGAAUAGGAGAAGUGGUCUGGGACGAAUGGAUGCACAAAGAGCAAGAACGUGAGAAGGAGCGGACAAGAAAGUCUCUUGAAAGAAGUGGUGGGGAAGAGGCUAGACGCAGAAGCAAAGGCAAGAUGUCCAUACCUUCUACGCCUGCUGCUGUGAGUGCCGAUAAUGGAGAUGAAGUCAGACGUAUGGCAUUAGUGGUGUUUGCUUGUCGCCAUGUCUAUCAUCGCGUUUGCAUUGAUGAGGAGUUUAGAGAAGGAAGGCCGAUGAGGGGUAUGUAUCAAUGUCCGGUAUGUACAGAGGCAGCUGAAGAGCAGAAAUGAGAAAGACGAGUUUGAGCGU